AUGGCAACAGAUGACAGCAUGGACGACGACGUAUUUGAAACACAAGACGAGGGUGGUCAUUUGAGGGUAGCAUCGAAACCAACGGAACCAAAGAGUAACACGCCUUCACCUACGGGUUACAGAAAUUAUCAACCACCAGCAGAGGUUCUAAAAUUGUGUCAGACUGAUAUUAUAGAUGACGUUGAACCAACAAUACACAAGACAAUCCUUCUGGGGGACAGUGGCGUAGGGAAGACCUCUCUGCUAGUAAAAUUCGAUACCGGAAAGUUCCAGUCCGGAAACUUCUCGGCCACCGUUGGAAUUGGGUUCACGGUUAUGCUGCUUGGAGAUUCUGGAGUAGGCAAGACUUGCAUCUUGAUGAGGUUCAGAGACGGCCUGUUUCUUUCUGGCAACUUCAUAUCGACUGUUGGCGUUGACUUCAGGACAAAAGUAGUUUCAGUCGACAACACCAAAGUGAAACUGCAAAUCUGGGACACCGCGGGACAGGAGAGGUUCAGGAGUGUGACACACGCGUAUUAUAGGGACGCUCACGCUCUUUUGUUGCUGUAUGACGUGACGAAUAAGACGAGCUUCGACAAUAUUCGGGCAUGGCUUGGUGAGAUACGGGAGUACGCGCAGGAUGACGUGGUCAUCAUGUUACUGGGUAAUAAAGCGGAUUGCGGGAACGAAAGGGCCGUGAGGCGGGAGGAUGGGGAGCGCCUGGCGAGGGAGUACAACGUGGCCUUCAUGGAAACUUCGGCGAAGAGCGGCCAAAACGUGGAACUCGCCUUCGUGGCUGUGGCAAGGGAAUUGAAGUACCGUCGAAAUGGGCAAAAGGACUGCAAUAAAUUUAAUGUACAAGACUACGUGAGAGAACAAACUCAAAAAUCACAGUGCCCACCAUGUACUACUUAAUAAACACCAAAGAGAUAAUAACACUCAACAAUUAGGCAAAGCGACCUUUCCAAAAGACAUUUAAUAGGGUACUGCCAGCCCUGUAGUUCAUUUUUAUGCACAAAAUAGAACCAAAUAACUUUAAUAUACCUACAUAGUAAUUAACACAUUUGGUUUGAGAUUUGUCAGUGUUUACGUUUACGUGAUAAAAUAUCUAGUCUAGUCUCAACAGAAUAAAAGUAAACACCAAGAUGCUAAAAAUUAAUUCGAGAUGUAAAGUGUUCUGCUACGUCGGUGUGCUUUUACCGGAUUUUAUGUAACUUUCAUAUCUUCAGGAUAUACCCAGUUACUACAUUGACUGACUUUAGCUUAAAGAGAAUAUAUAUUUAGAGGCUAUAUAUACUGUCACAUGUAAAUUUCCUAAAAUAA